UAAAAAACAGAAACAUAAUUUUGAGUUACAUCUCCUUUCAUAUCAAAGCACAAUGUGGGAAAUAGUAUCAAAAAGGUUGUAGUUAGGCUGGAGGGGCUUACUACAGAAAGAGACUGAGUAAGAACAUAGACCACAGAGAGAGAAAACCCAGACGUGCAGCUAUAAGACGAAGAGGUAGUAAAAACAGCCUCCAUCUCAAGGUACAGACAGUUUCCACAGAGUGAUCAUGGCUGAGUACAAGCUAGAGGUGACAACAGGUGACAGGCAAAAUGCAGGAACAUGGGACCACAUCUAUGUCACCUUAAUUGGAACUGAGGGGCAGAGUGAGAGAACUGAGUUGGACAACUAUGGCACUGACUUUUCAACUGGGACAACAGGGACCUACACCAUGAAAACCAGUUCGUCUCUGGGGAAACUUCUGCUGGUCAAAGUGGAGAAAGACCCUUUUUUGAUUCUCCCAGAAGAUGAGUGGUACUUCUCCAAAGUAGUGGUAACGACUCCAGAGGGAGAAGCCAUUCUUUUCCCCUGUUACAGAUGGAUUUCCAGGGGAGAACUGGUGGAGCUGAGAGGAGGGAAAGCCAUGAAGGGUUUUGAGGAGGACCAUGCCUUGUUGACUGACCACCGGAAAAAAGAGAUAACACUUAAAAAGAGCUUGUACCAAUGGAAGAUUAUGGCUGAUGGACUACCCCAAAUCAUCCAUGUCAAUAAACAGUCUGAGCUCCCAGCUGAAAUCCGCUUCUCCGAGUCCAAAUCAAGUGAAAUAGAUAAUACAAAAACCAUAAUCGGUCUUGAACUGAAGCUUAAGGGAAUGCUUGGAUCUAAAGAAAAAUGGGAACGCAUUGAAGACAUGAAAAAAAUCUUCUGGUUCAAAAAGACGACAAUAUCAGAGUAUGUUUCAGAGCACUGGAAGGAAGACGACUUUUAUGGAUCCCAGUUUCUGAACGGAGUCAACCCCAAUGUGAUCAAGCGCUGCUCAGAGCUUCCCCCAAACUUUCCAGUCACAGAGGAGAUGGUGAAGCCGUUCCUGGCAGAGGGAACCUCUCUGCAGAAGGAAAUGGAGAAAGGCAACAUAUUCCUCUAUGACCAGAAGAAGAUGGAUGGAAUAACCCCCAGAACCUAUAAUGGUGAACCUCUGCACGUGACUGCUGGUCUCUGUUUACUCUACAUGAACCCAGAAAACAAACUGAUGCCAAUAGCAAUACAGCUGCACCAACAACCCUCUGAGCAGAACCCCAUCUUUCUGCCCAGUGACCCAGAGCCUGACUGGCUGCUGGCCAAGAUGUUCAUCAAAAAUGCAGAUUCCAUGGAUCAUCAAGCUGUUCAACACCUCAUGAACACUCACUUUCUGGCAGAGGUCUUUACUGUUGCCGCUCUUCGCAGCUUCUCUGUGAUUCACCCCCUCUAUAAGCUGCUGUUUCCACAUUUCCGGUACACUCUCCACAUAAACACUGGAGCCCGCACAACUCUUUUAGGACCAGCGGGGGUUUUACAUCUAACUACACUUGGCUAUGACGGACUGUUGGAGCUCAUGAGAAGGGCUCACUCUGAAACAACCUACAGCUCCCUCUGCCUGCCAGAGAACAUCACUGCACGAGGACUGGAGUCCAUACCCAACUUCUACUACAGAGAUGAUGGCCUGAAGUUGUGGAACAUCAUCAACAGCUUUGUGAAGGCAGUAGUGGAGUACUAUUAUCCCUCAGACAGUGAGGUGCUGAAAGACACUGAGCUGCAGGAUUGGAUCAGUGAGAUAUUCACACAUGGCUUCUUGGGAAACAAAGCUUCAGGGUUUCCAGCAGAGUGUCAGACUGUCGUGGAAGUGAUCAAGUUCAUCACCAUGGUGAUCUUCACAGUGACAGCUCAACAUGCUGCAGUAAACAAUGGGCAGUAUGACUACUACUCCUGGGCACCCAAUGUCUCCCUCCUGCUGCACAAACCUCCACCAACCACUAAGGGGCAGUCAAGCAUGAAGACAAUUUUGGAGACCCUCCCAGAUGUUGGUGAGACAGUAAGCUUUGUAGCCAUGGCGUGGAUGCUUACAAAGAAGUACACUGAUGUGGUUCCCUUGGGUUCAUACCCUGAGGAACGCUUCGAUGAGCCUGCCCCUAAGCAGAUGAUGAAGGAAUUUCAAGCAGAGCUGUCCUCCCUCAGUGAAGCAAUCACAACAAGAAACUCACGGCUUGAAGUGCCCUACACAUAUCUGAACCCUGCUGAAAUAGAGAACAGUGUAGCAAUGUAACUAAGCCUGAUAAAGCCUUUUGUUUCAUUUUCUUUUUAUCUUUCUGCAUUAGUGAACAAUAUCAAUACCUUUUUAACACCUGUAUUGCAUGCAGUGUUGUCAGUUUAACUCUGGAAGGCUAUAUUCUAGGUUGUAUCAUGUUAGUGGGUCUAUGGUUGGGCACCUGUAUCUUUGUGUGAGUUACAUAGACAUAUGUUGAGAAAUAACAAAUGAAAUAACAAAUGAGCAGUUUGGGUAGCAAAUGUUUAAGCUUGGACUCAUGAUAUGAGUCAGUUAGGCCAUAAUCUAAAACAGUAAACAUCUAUUGACCACUGACAACAUAAUGUGACGGAAUGUUACUGUUUAGUGCUCCUUAUUAUAAUACAGGAAUUUGUCUUUAAUAAAUGAUCUCACAUGAAACUGGGCACCUCAGCAUUUAUAUGCAAGCAACACCAAGAAUUUGGUAGCAUAUUUUCUGCCCACUAUUACAGCGGCUGUAACAGGCUGUGACAUUAACUGAAGUUAUUUACACAUGUGCUGUGUAUCUAAGUUCUUUUUACUUUUUGAUCAUGUGAGUGCAGAACAAUGUAUAUUGUGAUGUCAGCUGAUGUACUUUUGCAAAAAAAAA